AUGGGAAAACUAGACUAGCUGAGAUUCAACCCACGUGAGCGGCUGCAGAGCCGCUACCCUUAACAGCUCUCUCUCGGGAUUCUAACAUUCCCUUCUGUGACGGAGAGACCGCAGGCUGGGACACGCAUCCCGGGACGGAUCCACAGCUGGAUGGGGAAGGCUGCGCCCGUUGGGCCGGAAGCCGGGCGGUGGCAUGCAAGAGCCCCGCCCUCCUGGGCUGGAUUUCGGUCGGGGGCGGGGCCGUGGGCGGGGUCUGUGGCAGCGGGAAUCCAGACCCCGCCCCUUUCCCCGCCCCUCCAUUUCUCGCCAUGGCCCCUGCAAUGCUCCUGGUCUCUGCUGCCCUCGCCUCUUUCAUCCUGGCCUUUGGCACCGGAGUGGAAUUCGUGCGCUUUACCUCCCUUCGGCCACUUCUUGGAGGGAUCCCGGAGUCUGGUGGUCCGGAUGCCCGCCAGGGAUGGCUGGCUGCCCUGCAGGACCGCAGCAUCCUUGCCCCCCUGGCAUGGGAUCUGGGGCUCCUGCUUCUAUUUGUUGGGCAGCACAGCCUCAUGGCAGCUGAAAGAGUGAAGGCAUGGACUUCCCGGUACUUUGGGGUCCUUCAGAGGUCACUGUAUGUGGCCUGCACUGCCCUGGCCUUGCAGCUGGUGAUGCGGUACUGGGAGCCCAUACCCAGAGGCCCUGUGUUGUGGGAGGCUCGGGCUGAGCCAUGGGCCACCUGGGUGCCCCUCCUCUGCUUUGUGCUCCAUGUCAUCUCCUGGCUCCUCAUCUUUAGCAUCCUUCUCGUCUUUGACUAUGCCGAGCUCAUGGGCCUCAAACAGGUAUACUACCAUGUGCUGGGGCUGGGCGAGCCUCUGGCCCUGAAGUCUCCCCGGGCUCUCAGACUCUUCUCCCACCUGCGCCACCCAGUGUGUGUGGAGCUGUUGACAGUGCUGUGGGUGGUGCCUACCCUGGGCACGGACCGUCUCCUCCUUGCUCUCCUCCUUACCCUCUACCUGGGCCUGGCUCAUGGGCUUGAUCAGCAAGACCUCCACUACCUCCGGGCCCAGCUACAAAGAAAACUCCACCUGCUCUCUCGGCCCCAGGAUGGGGAGGCAGAGUGAGGAGCUCACUCUGGUUACAAGCCCUGUUAUUCCUCUCUCCCUGGAUUCUAAAUCCUUAACAUCCAGGCCCUGGCUGCUUCAUGCUAGAGGCCCAAAUCCAUGGACUGAAGGAGCUGCCCCUUCUACUACUUGAGACUUUAUUCUCUGGGUCCAGCUCCAUACCCUAAAUUCUGAGUUUCAGCCACUGAACUCCAAGGUCCACUUCUCACCAGCAAGGAAGAGCGGGGUAUGGAAGUCAUCUGUCCCCUCACUGUUUAGGGCAUGACACUCUCCCCCUCAACAGCCUCCUGAGAAAGAAAGGAUCUGCCCUGACCACUCCCCUGGCACUGUUACUUGCCUCUGCGCCUCAGGGGUCCCCUUCUCCACCGCUGGCUUCUACUCCAAGAAGCUGGACCAGGGUCUGCAAGUUCAACGGUCAUAGCUGUCCCUCCAGGCCCCACACCUUGCCUCACCACUCCCGGCCCUAGUCUCUGCACCUCCUUAGGCCCUGCCUCUGGGCUCAGACCCCAACCUAGUCAAGGGGAUUCUCCUGCUCUUAACUCGAUGCCUUGGGGCUCCCUGCUCUCCCGAGGAAGAUGCUCUGCAGGAAAAUAAAAGUCAGCCUUUUUCUACA